AUGAGGGAUACAAGCAGAAGUCAUGAUAAAGACAUGCCUCAUUGCUAUGAAGAGGGUGCUGAACCUAAUGAAAUGUUUAUAGACAACGAACCUAAGAUAAAUAUGUGUUUUGAAUCACUGGAAGAUGCCAAGAAAUUCUACACAAAUUACGCCAUUACAUGUGGUUUUGCUGUGAGGACAAGAUCAUCAAAGAAGGAUCAUGACAAUAAUGUGUACUAUUUGCGAUUAGUUUGCUCCAGAGAAGGCAAAUAUGUUUCUUCCAUUAAGCCAGAGGUCAAAACACAUGCAAGUCAAACAAAUCAAUGUCCAGCUAGCAUCACCGUUGGAAGGAAAGAUAAUUAUUGGGUCAUAAAGAGCGUCGUGUUAGAUCACAGUCAUGAACUAUGCCCUAAUACAUCUAAGUUGAUUCCUGGGAAUAGAAAAAUUAGCAUGCAAGCUAAGCAUACGUUGCAAGUCAACGAUGAUGCGGGAGUUCGCAUUAACAAGAGUUUCCUUAGCAUUGUUAGUGAUGUUGGUGGAUUUGAGAAUAUGGAUUUCGUAGAACGUGAUGCACGGAACUACAUUGUGAAACACAGAAAAUCUUUAUGUAAGGACGGUGAUGGUCAAGCCCUUCUAAAACANUUUUCAUCCAUGAAAGCAUUGAACAAUGACUUCUUCUAUGACAUUGCAUUGGAUGAAGGGAAUAGAAUAUGUAGUGUGUUUUGGGCAGACGCAAGAAGUAUAGCAGCUUGUGAAGAAUUUGGUGAUGUUGUGUCCUUUGACACCACUUACUUGACAAAUAAGUAUGACAUGCCCUUUGCGCCAUUUGUAGGCGUUAACCAUCAUGGUCACUCAAUUUUGCUUGGAUGUGGUUUGCUUUCUUCCGAAGACACUGCAUCAUUUGUGUGGUUGUUUGAAUCUUGGUUGAGAUGCAUGGGAAAUAAGGCCCCACUAGCCAUUAUAACGGAUCAAUGCAGGGCAAUGGCAAAUGCCAUUGAAGAGGUUUUCCCAAAUACCAGACACAGAUGGUGUCUAUGGCACAUAAUGAAGAAGUUGCCUGAAAAAUUUCAAAGCUACAAAAAUUACGUUGCCAUUAAAGCGGAUAUACAUGCGCUCAUCUAUGACUGUGGAUCGCCAAGCGACUUUGAGAUUGGAUGGGAAGAUCUUCUUACAAAGCAUGGAUUGGAACGGAAUGACUGGUUAAGUAAUCUUUAUGAGGAAAGAAAGAAAUGGGUUCCAUGUUAUUUAAGGAGUCAAUUUUGGGCAGAGGUCGCUUGUGAGUCAGAACAUGUAUCUGAUAACUUGGAAAAAGAUCUUGAUGUACUUGGACAUAAAUAUGGAUGCAGUUCAUCCAUGACUACUAAAAUCAUNACUGAUGGUGAUGAACUAAGAUAUGAAAAUCCUUUAAACAAUCCAACNCCUGAGACAGAGCGGGGAAUUGAUGAUGUUCUUGUGCGCAGUCCAUUAACAGUUAAGCGAAAAGGGAGACCUCGCACAAACAGGUUGAAGUCAACCGUGGAGAAAAUAACAACAAAAAGAAAACCAUCGUCAGCAAAGAAGUCAUCNAUACCAUUGGAAUGUACAGUACCUGAUGUUGUACAAAGUGCUGAGGUCAUUCAAGUUUCCUCCCAAAAUUACCACUUCUCAGACCAAUCUGCGUUGCCGCCAUCUGGAUUUAUGUCUUUGUUAUCUGCUGUGCAUAACACUUUUGAUAAUAACAUACUUUGA